AUGUUCCCCUAUUUAACAAGAAUGAAUUUAUCCAUAAAGAUGGGAGGGCUAACUUUAAAAGAAAGUUCCCCCAAUGCUUUUUUAAAUAACACCACUAUUGCUAGGAGAUUCAAGCAUGAAUAUGCCCCACGUUUCAAAAUCGUACAGAAAAAGCAAAAAGGUAGAGUGCCAGUUCGUACAGGUGGUUCAAUAAAGGGAUCCACUUUGCAAUUUGGUAAGUACGGAUUACGACUGAAAAGCGAAGGUAUUAGGAUAUCCGCGCAACAGCUGAAGGAAGCAGAUAACGCAAUUAUGAGAUAUGUCAGGCCUUUAAACAAUGGUCAUUUGUGGAGGCGUUUGUGUACAAACGUUGCUGUAUGUAUCAAGGGUAACGAAACAAGAAUGGGUAAAGGUAAAGGUGGGUUUGACCACUGGAUGGUGAGGGUACCCACAGGGAAGAUCCUUUUCGAAAUAAAUGGUGAUGAUUUGCAUGAAAAAGUCGCACGGGAAGCCUUCAGAAAAGCAGGCACCAAGUUACCUGGGGUAUAUGAAUUUGUAUCCUUGGAUUCUCUGGUUAGAGUUGGAUUACAUAGUUUCAAAAAUCCUAAAGACGACCCAGUGAAGAAUUUUUACGAUGAAAAUGCAAAGAAGCCAUCAAAGAAGUAUUUGAAUAUUUUAAAGUCUCAAGAACCACAGUACAAACUCUUCAGAGGACGUUGA